AUGUGGAGAAAUUUUCAGAAAAAUUUCUUCUCUGUAUGUGGUAAAGUGAAUCGAAUUAAAAGAUGCUGGAUCUCGACCAGUUUGGGUAUCUCCAGAUCAGAAGGCCGUGCUGUUAAUAGUAAUGAUGUAUCAGACUAUAACCAAGCUUUACCAUUUGAAGAUAUUCCUGGUCCUCAAGGUAUCAAAUAUCUUGGAACUUUACCUCACUAUAUGACUGGUAGAUUAGAUAAAUAUAAAUAUCAAGAUAUUUUAGAAGAAUACUUUUCUAAAUAUGGUCCCAUCUUUAAAGAAACACUAUUUGACAAAACAGUAGUUCAUGUUUGUCAUCCGGAUAUGAUAAAAGUUGUUUACCAAGAUGAAGGAAAAUACCCAGAAAUCGAGCCUUUGAUGGAGCCAACACAGAAAUCCAGAUGUGAUGAAGGUAUGUCAUUAGGACUCGGUAAUACGAAUGAUGAACAAUGGUACAGACUGCGAUCAGCAGUUCAGAAACACAUGAUGAGACCAGGCGAAGUUUCCAACUACCUUCCACAAGUCAACGAGGUAGCCAAUGAAUUUGUUGAUAAAACAAUGAGAAAGGGAUAUAGCGAUGAUUUUAUUUUGGAUGCUUCUAUUUGGAGCCUCGAAUCCUCUGGAUACAUAAGCUUCGGUAAGCGGCUCGGGUACAUGGAAGGUGGCUCUGAGAAAGAAGCCGAAGGUGUGAAAGUUGUGAAAAAGAAUGAUGAGGCGUUCACGCUUGCCACAGACUUGAAAUUUUCCCUUCCUUUCUAUCAACAAUUACAGACUCCCAAGUAUAAAGCUUGGCAUGAAGCUGAAAAUUACACCACCAAAGUUGCAUCCGUUUAUUUUGAGAACGUACUUAAAUUUUUGGAGACGCACUUAGACUCCUCGAGCGAACCAAAAAAAGUACAAAAUACUUAUCGUUUUCUAUAUUCAUUGUUAGGUCAUAAGAAUUUAUCUAAGAAAGAUAUGGAAGUGAUAGUAUUAUCAAUGUUUAUAGAUGGAUUAAGAACCGUGGUUCCUGUUUUAAUAUCAGUUUUAUUCUGUUUAUCACAGUCUCCUAGAGUCCAGGAGAAACUGUUCACAGAAAUAUACAACGUGUUGGAAGACAGAAAAUAUAUAGCAGCAUCUGAUAUAGCUCAAAUGCCGUACCUGAAAGCCUGCGUCAAAGAGACAUUCCGAUUACAUCCAAAUGCUCUAGAAAUUUCACGAGUUACCAAAAAUAACAUGGUCUUGGGUGGUUACCAAAUUCCAUCUGGCUCGAAACUAAAUAUAAAUGCCUUUAACAUGUAUAGAAAUUCGGAUAUUUUUGAGAAUCCUCAAAAUUAUUGCCCUGAACGGUGGUUGCGCGGUUGGGAACAUGCUGUGGAUGUACAUCCCUAUUUGCUGCUUCCGUUUGGUAGAGGACCUCGAAUGUGUGUAGGAAGAAGAUUCGCUGAGCAAGAUCUUUAUGUUUUAAUCAGUAAAUUUAUUCAGAAUUGUGAACCUCAAUGGAGGGGUUCAGAAUUUCAUCAACAGUAUAAGAUUUUAAUGUAUCCCGACCGUCCAGUGAAGUUUGAAUUUAAGUCUCGAUAG